AUGAUCUGCAGGGCGGACUUGAUCCAGAGGUCAAAAUCGUCAGUCCAGGCUGGUUACGAGUUGCAGGCAAGCCUCGGGCGAGGAGGUGUCGGCCGUGUGGUGCAGGCGGUCUGCCGGCGAUCACAGAUCACCAGAGCUGUCAAGAUCACCAGCCAGAAGUCUGAUCCAUCAGGUUUCGAAGUGUCUUUGAUGAGCAAGUUGGACCAUCCCAAUGUCGUGCGUCUCUUCGAGACCUUCGUUGAGGAGUCCCAAGGGCAGAUACACUUGGUGAUGGAGCUUUGCAGAGGAGGUGCGUUGCCCAGCUAUGCGCGGGAGUUCUGGCCACCCUUGGAAGAGGCUGCCGGGGCUGUGAUCAUGUGGCAGCUGCUUGGGGCGGUGAACUACCUGCACAAACAGUCGCUGAGCCACGGGGACAUCUGCCCUGCCAACGUCCUUAUGCUCCAUUUCGACCGACCGCCUGAGCAGAACGUCACGAAGCUCAUCGACUUCGGAGCGCAUGCAGGGCGUCGGACGCACGAUCUUCCUUCUUCUGGCUUGGUCAUGAGAGCUUUGCUGGGCUGGUGCUCCGGAAUGAAGGGUGCCUCUCUCCGAGAAGCCCCCGUGAUGAAGAAGGGCCAAGCGGCGGUCUACAGCGAAGGGGGCCUCGGUGUGCCCAUUUCCAAGGCCGCGGCGGAGCUCCUCGCGCGCUUCGCAGGCUCCGAGACCGACGCGGCCUUCACCGCCGAAAAGGCCUUGUGCCACAACUGGUUCAUCCGCACAAGGCACGGAGAGGUUCCGCUGCGCAAGGCGACAUCCAAGAGAGGUGCGAGGCAUGAGCCCGAGGUCCGCACGAGAAACGACGGCAAUGGCUCGUCAAAAGAGGCAGGCUUACGUGGCAAGAAGGACAAAGAAGGCGGUAGACGAGACAGGACCAAAGAGAUCAAGCCGAGGAGCGAGAAGGAGAGGAGCGAGCGGAGCGAGAGCUGUCGAAACGGCGGCUCCGUUUCGGCGGCGUCGCGUUUGGCUUUGGGGACGCUGGAAGAAAAGCCCACCGUGACUGCCGCCGGGUGGUGGGGUUCCCAAGCGGAGCUCCCGCGGAACUUCGUGGCACGGCUGCGCGCUUUCUGCACCGUGGGCGUCGUUCCCAGGGCGAUCCUGCUCGUGGCAGCCGACUGUUUGGAGGAGGAAGCCUUGGCGCCGCUGCGGGCGGCCUUCCAGCGCCUGGACGGCUGGUGUCCGGACGGGCUGCUGACCGAGGAGGACUUGAGGCACCGGCUUCCAAAGCUGGGUUGCAAGGAUGCUCCGAAAGACUUGGACCGCUUGCUUCUGGAGGCCGACGUGGACGGGGUGGGGCUGCUGGACUACACCACUUUCCUCGCCAUUGCAAUGGGUGCCCAGGAGCUGCUCUCCAGCCAACUUGGUCAAAGAGUGUUCAAUGUUCUCGAUCGAGACCAGGACGGUAUCAUCUCAGUGGCUGAUCUGGCUGCUUUCUUGGGCCCUGGCGACAAGGAUAUCGAGACCCAGCUGUCUGCCGGGCUUGCGCCAUUGACCUUCGAAGGUUUCCAGACGCUUCUCACAGACUUGGCCAAGCGACAGGAAAACUUCCGGCAGCCGUUGUCGGAGGUGAGGCACGUAUUGUCCUCUGCAGCUGUGGAGCGGCUUCAGCUGGCAAUGGAAACGGUUUCAGGAUUGGCCUUUGGUGAACGAUCUGAAGUCAUCAAGGCCAAGCGCCGCCUGGCUGAUGCUGCAGCGAAAAAGCGCCUAGCCACGGAAGAGCGACGCCGAAAGGAGAAGUCGAGGUCACGGCGAAGGAAAGUCUUACCUCUGGAAGGCCAGCCUCAAGAUGUGCGUCCAGAGGCAGACCCUGUCGCGAUGAGCCUUCUCGUGGAAGACAGCAGUGACGGCGACGGUGAUUCACCCUCCGAGCCCUCUCAAGCGCAGUCGCAUUCGGACGUGGGCUGUUCAGCGGCCACUUCCAGUGUUGCAAGUGAUCCAGUCUUCGCGGAAAAGACUGAUUCGCCAUCCUUCCGACCUGGACCUCGGCGUCGUGAAACCCAACGGCUCACUGUCAGUUUGUAA